AUGCAGCUGGGAAAGGUGUAUGCCUUGCAAGAAGACUACAAGUCCGCCAUUGAUGUCUACACCGAGGCGUUAGAAUUUUCCCCCGAGCAUGCCGAGCUGUUGACCACGCUGGGCAUCCUCUACUUGCGGAUGGGCGAAAACUUUAAAGCCUUUGACUAUUUGGGCAAUGCUUUGACUCACGACCCAAAGAAUGCCAAGACGAUUUUGGCAGCUGGGUCCAUCAUACAGGAUCAUUCAGACAUGGAUGUUGCGCUCAUCAAGUACCGGGUAGCAGCAGUCCACACGCCAAAUUCCGCUCAACUCUGGAACAAUAUUGGUAUGUGCUUCUUCGGGAAGACGAAGUACGUGGCUGCAAUCGCCUGCCUGAAGCGCGCGCUGUAUUUGGACCCUUUCGAGUGGAUCAUCUCCUACAACCUCGGUCUAGUGCACCUGAACACGGGCCAGUUUGCCUCCGCUUUUCAUUUCUUCUCCGCUAGCAUCAACCUCAAGCCUGACUUCCCAUCUUCAUACAUGUACCUCGCAAUCACGCUCUCUCGCUUGGAUGAUUUCUCAAAUGCUUGCAGCGCAUAUGAGAAGGCAAUCGAGAUGGACUCCGAUCACAUGUUUCAUCUGAACUUUGCGAUUACAUUAUUCAACCAUGGAGAUCUGACGGAGGCCAAAAGACAGUUUGUGCUGUUUAGCGACCUGUUCCAGCAGCUGGACGAAGAGCAAAGAAACUCUGACCCAGAGGUCAAUGAACAACGGCAGCUGCUGCAAAGAGUCUUGAACAGUGGCGCUAAAUAG